AUGUAUGUUCUUUACCGCAUUCUCUCUCUCUCGCCCUGCCGCAUUCGCUCACUCUCGCUCUUCCGCAUUCUCUCUCUCUCGCUCUGCCGCAUUCUCUCUCUCGCCCUGCCGCAUUCUCUCUCUCGCCCUGCCGCAUUCUCUCUCUCUCGUGCGCGCGCGCGCGCUCUGCCGCAUUCUCUCUCACGCCCUGCCGCAUUCUCUCUCUCUCUCGCUCUGCCGCAUUCGCUCACUCUCGCUCUUCCGCAUUCUCUCUCACUCUUGCUCUGCCGCAUUCUCUCUCUCUCUCUCUCUCUCUCUCUCUCUCUCUCUCUCUCUCUCUCUCUCUCUCUCUCUCUCUCUCUCUCUCUCUUGUGCGCACGCGCGCGCGCUCUGCCGCAUUCUCUCUCACGCCCUGCCGCAUUCUCUCUCUCGCUCUGCCGCAUUCGCUCACUCUCGCUCUUCCGCAUUCUCUCUCACUCUUGCUCUGCCGCAUUCUCUCUCACGCCUUGCCGCAUUCUCUCCCUGGCUCUACCGCAUUCGCUCACUCUCGCUCUUCCGCAUUCUCUCUCACUCUUGCUCUGCCGCAUUCUCUCUCUCUCGCCCUGCCGCAUUCGCUCACUCUCGCUCUUCCGCAUUCUCUCUCUCUCGCUCUGCCGCAUUCUCUCUCUCACGCCCUGCCGCAUUCUCUCUCUCGCCCUGCCGCAUUCUCUCUCUCUCUCUCAUGCGCGCGCGCGCGCUUUGCCGCAUUCUCUCUCACGCCCUGCCGCAUUCUCUCUCUCUCGCUCUGCCGCAUUCGCUCACUCUCGCUCUUCCGCAUUGUCUUUCACUCUUGCUCUGCCGCAUUCUCUCUCACUCUUGCUCUGCCGCAUUCUCUCUCUCUCUCUCUCUCUCUCUCUCUCUCUCUCCCUCUCUCUCUCUCUCUCUCUCUCUCUCUCUCUCUCUCUCUCUCUCUCUCUCUCUCUCUCUCUCUCUCUCUCUCUCUCUCUCUCUCUUUCUCUCGUGCGCACGCGCGCGCGCUCUGCCGCAUUCUCUCUCACGCCCUGCCGCAUUCUCUCUCUCUCGCUCUGCCGCAUUCGCUCACUCUCGCUCUUCCGCAUUCUCUCUCACUCUUGCUCUGCCGCAUUCUCUCUCACUCUUGCUCUGCCGCAUUCUCUCUCUCUCUCUCUCUCUCUCUCUCUCUCUCUCUCUCUCUCUCUCUCUCUCUCUCUCUCUCUCUCUCUCUCGUGCGCGCGCGCGCGCUCUGCCGCAUUCUCUCUCACGCCCUGCCGCAUUCUCUCUCUCUCGCUCUGCCGCAUUCGCUCACUCUCGCUCUUCCGCAUUCUCUCUCACUCUUGCUCUGCCGCAUUCUCUCUCUCUCUCUCUCUCUCUCUCUCUCUCUCUCUCUCUCUCUCUCUCUCUCUCUCUCUCUCUCUCUCUCUCUCUCUCUCUCUCUCUCUCUCUCUCGUGCGCGCUCCCUCUCUGACCAAUUCCCUCCUCCUUUGCCACGUUCACUCCCUCUCUGCCCCAUUCACUCACGCUCUGCCCCAUUCACUCCCUCUCUGCCCCAUUCACUCACGCUCUGCCCCAUUCACUCCCUCUCUGCCCCAUUCACUCACGCUCUGCCCCAUUCACUCCCUCUCUGCCCCAUUCACUCACGCUCUGCCCCAUUCACUCCCUCUCUGCCCCAUUCACUCACGCUCUGCCCCAUUCACUCCCUCUCUGCCCCAUGCAUUCAGAUGA